UGGUAUUGGUAUUGUUUGUAAAUUGGUUGAUAAAAUUUGUAUCAAAUUUCAACCACUCUGAGUCUGAGUCUGCAACGUUGGUAAACAUCGGGUUCACCGCCUUUUGGUUUUUGCUUCUUUUGAGUUCUUCUUCUUCUUGGGAGUUUCUUCUCUCAACUAACAAUUAACUGCUUUCUUCUGGUUUUUGUUCGGGUGAUCAUUAGACUAAUUGGAAUAAACCUUUGAUCUGGCGUGUGUAGAUAGAUAGAUACAUACAUAUACACACAACAAUAUUAUCCAAUGAUGGCCACAGCUGCAGUGAUUGGUCUUGGUAGUACGACAACAACAGGAAAGAGGGUGGUGUUCAGUUCAUCCUCGUAUUAUUCGGACGGCUCGGAAAAGCUGUCUUCUUUUCUCAAUAUGGAUCAUUCCCAAUUCACCUUCACUUCGGCCAACUACCACCUCAUUCUUUCUAGAAAGUCCUCCAAUUACACUACUCCCAGUUCUCGAAACCACCAACGGUCUAUCAGGAGAGCUCUCAAGGAGCAUCUUCACGCAUCCUCCGCUCCGCCUUGGUUACACGAGGCAGCAGGUCGGGAUUAUGACGACGAUGAAGACGACAUCGAAGAAGAAGAGGAAGAGGAAGAAGAAGAAGAAGGAGAAGGAGGAGAAGGAGGAGAAGAAGAAGAAGAAGGAGGAGGAGGAGAGAGCUCAGCCGCUCUAGGCCACUCGGUCGACGCACUGCUAUUGCUCCAAAAGUCCAUGCUGGAGAAGCAAUGGAACCUCUCAUUUAAUGGGCGCAGGAAACCCGUCAUGUCCACAACACAAACAUCCAGUACUGAUUAUAACAACAACAAACCAGUGGUCACUUGUUCCGGGGUCUCUGCCCGUCAUAGAAGGAAGAGAGCCUCCGCCAGAAACACCCCCCGAACCCCUGCAGUCACUCCCACCAGCACUCGCUCCACUAACGAUUUCAAGGGUUACCUCAAGGGUGUCGUAGGCGCCGACUUGCUCACUCACGCCGAGGUUGUACGCCUCUCCAAGAAGAUUAAGAUUGGCCUUUCUUUAGAGGACCACAAGUCUAGACUCAGGGAAAGACUAGGAUGUGAACCCUCGGAUAAACAACUCGCAACUUCAUUGAGGAUUUCACGUGCUGAGUUGCACUCCAAAAUGAUCGAGUCUUCUUUGGCAAGAGAGAAGCUGGCCAUGAGCAACGUUCGUCUAGUCAUGUCCAUUGCUCAAAGAUACGAUAAUAUGGGCGCUGAAAUGGCUGACCUUGUUCAGGGCGGUUUAAUCGGUCUAUUGCGUGGCAUUGAGAAAUUUGAUUCCUCAAAGGGUUUCAAAAUUUCUACCUAUGUCUACUGGUGGAUACGUCAGGGUGUUUCAAGAGCACUGGUUGAAAAUUCCAGAACCUUGAGAUUGCCCACACAUUUGCACGAGAGGUUAAGUUCAAUAAGGAACGCGAAAAUUAGACUGCAAGAGAAAGGAAUAACCCCAUCAAUCGAUAGGAUAGCAGAAUGCUUGAACAUGUCCAAAAAGAAAGUUAGGAACGCAACUGAGGCAAUCAGCAAAGUAUUCUCCCUUGAUAGGGAAGCAUUUCCCUCUUUGAAUGGCCUUCCGGGAGAAACUCAUCAUAGUUACAUUGCAGAUAAUUGCUCUGAGAACAUCCCUUGGCAUGGAGUAGACGAGUGGGCACUCAAGGAAGAAGUAAACAAGCUCAUAAACACGACACUUGGGGAACGGGAGACAGACAUCAUACGGCUCUACUACGGUCUGGAUAAUGAGUGUCUUACUUGGGAGGAUAUUAGCAAGCGCAUAGGUUUGUCGAGAGAAAGAGUGAGGCAAGUUGGACUUGUUGCGCUCGAGAAACUAAAACACGCCGCCAGAAGGAAACAAAUGGAGGCCAUGCUUGUCAAACAUUAAAUUUAAACAUUUGUUACUGUACAAACCAUACAAAGACUGUAUAUAUACUAGCAUACGAGAGAGGAAAUUUGUAAUCUUCAUCUUGUUUUCUUAUCUUAAUAUUCAUUAGAAUACGAGUAUUUAAUGGGCAUACUGACCCAAACUUUCGAUAACAUUAGAAAGAAACACUGAC